UUCACAAAAUUCUUCAAUAGCAUCAAUAAUACAAUCACAUAAAUCUGAACACAUUGUACCAUUUCGAGAAGCACCUUUAAUUAAUCCAAAACGUCGUUCAAUUUAUAUUGAACAAAAACGAGAUAAACAUCGUGCACGUUCAUCUUCAAAUACAACUCCAUUAUCAUCAUUAAAUAGUCGAUCACAAAGUAUGCCAAAAUUAAAUGUUAAUAAUUUUAUACGACCAAGUCAAUCACCAAUAACAACACCAACUAUUGAACAUUAUUUUCAACAACAAAAUCCAUCAAGUAGAUCUUCAUCACCGAAAUCAUUUAGUGUUAAUAGUGAUCAUGGAUUUGGAAGUGAAUGUGCAUCACAUUUAUCUUCUGGUUCUCCUAAUGCAACAAAUAAUGUUAAUAAUUGUUAUACAUAUAAAAGAAAACGUUUAUAUGCUGCAACACCUGGAAGAAAAUGUAUGUGUAUUAAAUCUUAUCAUGCAAAUCUACCUGGAGAAUUAUUAUUAAAUAAAGGAGAUAUUAUUGAAAUUUUGAGUGUUGGUGAACAAGGAUAUUUAGAAGGAAGAUGUAAAGAUAUUGAAGGAUGGUUUCCAAGUAGUCAUAUUCAAGAUAUUUGUGUUUUUAAAAAUGGUGAAAUGACACAUGAUGACACAAUUGUUAUAAGUCGUGAUGCUUUAUCAGCUUUAAUGAUUAAUAAUGAUGCAUAUACACCACGUACUAUUGUUUUACAACGAGGAAAAAAAGGUUUUGGAUUUGUACUUAAAGGAUCUCGAAUUGCAGGCAAAUUAUUUCAACCGAGUCCUUCAUUCCCUGCUUUACAAUUUCUUGAUAGUAUUGAAAAAGGUAGUAAUGCUGAUAAAGCUGGUCUUAAAAAAAAUGAUUAUGUUCUUGAAAUAAAUGGUGUAAAUGUUAUAUCAAUACCACAUGAAGAAUGUGUUAAUUUAAUAAAACGAGCUGGUGAUACAUUAGCAUUGAAAGUUGUUACAGCUAAUACAUCAACAAUGAUACAUUCUCAUUAUCAAUAUCAUGAUUUAAAUUUAAAUCAACAUAAUGUUUGUUCACAAUCAUUACCUUAUCGACGUAAAGCACCACUUCGAUCCGAACUUGAACAACAAUUUAAUGGUAUGUAA